AUGCCCAAAUUCGUCCCUCGCCAGCGGAAGCAAAAGCACCGCCAGAAACAGGAGAAGGGCGCCGUGGUAGACUCGAAUGCCACCGAGAUACAACCGGUCUCCAAAAGUGAGAAGGAAGCCAGACGGCAAGAUCUCAGAGAGAAUCUAAGAGCGCAGCACUCGAAUAUCUCCUCCAAGAAACAGAAGCGUCUGGAUAAAUACAUUGAAAACAAAUUAAAGAAAGAAGAGAAUGUCGAGCUGCUGAAAAAGCUCGCCGAGUCGAAAGCUGACACUUCAGGCCUAUUGCGUACGAGGGAGCUCGGGAAACGCAAAAGAGAGGAUGGCGACUAUCGUUCAGCUUCGCGUCCGGAACACGAUGGUCAUAUGAACCAAGACUUGUCCGGCGAUGAGACAGACGACUCUUUCGUCGAGAAGGACCCGAAAACGAAUAAAGCCGGUGCAAUUGCAGCACCGCCCAAAGAAACGCAGGCUGUCGGUAGCGGUUUGAAGCGACCUCUUGAGCUGGGCCCGGAUGGGUUCCCUGUCCUCAAAAAGCGAAAGCCAGCACCGAAACCGAAACCCACGGUGAUUGAAGUACAGGAUGUCCCGUGGGAAGGAUUCGGCUCGGAAGACGAUGCGACAAGCCAAGACGAUGGAUCAGAGGAGGAUAGCGACGACGACGAAGAGGACAUGGAUAAUGAGGACAGCGAAGGAGACUCCGAAGAGUCGUCAGUGGACGGUUCUGAGGAUGACAGCGAUGAAGACAGUGACGAGGACGAAGAGGAUGAAGAAGACGAGGAAGAUGGCUCGGUUAAGCCGAUGCCCCGUCAAUCCGCCUUCAAGUCCUGGGCCAGGCAACAGAUCAACGAUACUGUGGGAUUCCAACCCGCCACCACUCCAGUUACCGCCGAAGAGCAACCGGUCGUCCUCGAAUCUAAAAAGCCCGUCAGAAAUACCGUCGAUCUCGAGGAGCCACUUCCCGCAGAGCUUCAAGUGACCAAGGGCAACCCUUACCGGAAGGCUUUCAGUGUCCCAGUCAACCGGACUGAAGAGAUUCAGAAUGCACGCCUGGGGCUUCCUGUUGUGGGUGAGGAGCAGAAGAUCAUGGAAGCAAUCCAUAACAAUCCUGCCAUCGUGAUUUGGGGAGCCACUGGUAGCGGAAAGACUACGCAGCUCCCACAGUUCCUGUUCGAAGCUGGGUACGGCAAUCCCGACAGUCCCAAUCCGGGAAUGAUCGCAGUGACCCAGCCCCGUCGGGUUGCCGCCGUCAGUAUGGCCAAACGUGUCGGCGAUGAGUUGGGCCAGUUUUCCGACCAGGUCUCUUACCAGAUUCGAUUCGAGAGCACAGUUUCCAGCAAGACCGCCAUCAAGUUCAUGACCGACGGUAUCCUUAUCCGUGAAAUUGCCGAAGACUUCUCUCUGAGCAAGUACUCCAUCAUUGUAAUUGAUGAAGCUCACGAGCGAAGUGUCAACACGGACAUCCUCAUUGGCAUGGUAAGCCGGAUUGUCGACUUGCGAAAGACGAUGGGCGCAGAGGAUCCGAAGGUCAAACCUCUGAAACUUGUGGUCAUGUCUGCAACGCUUCGAAUUUCGGAUUUUACCCAGAACACAAGCUUGUUCCGCCUGGGACCUCCGCCAUUGGUUCAAGCCGAAGGCCGCCAGUAUCCUGUCACGGUGCAUUUCGCCAAAACAACGCAUCGCGAUUAUGUGGAGGAAUCGUUCCGAAAGAUCUCAAGAGGCCAUCGCAAAUUGCCUCCUGGCGGCAUGCUCGUGUUUUUGACCGGACAGGGUGAAAUCAGAAGCCUCGCCAAGCGUCUCAAGCAGACUUUCAAACCCACGCAGCGAGGAGAUCUCACACAGGCCAAGGUCCAAAUCACGGCGAACGAUGCUCCGCUGGAGGCAGAGGAUCUUGAUAUUGGAGGGGUUGACCUAUCCAAUAUUGGUGAUGAGGAGGAUGACUACAGUGACGUCGAAAUCACCGGUCUGGAUGACCCCGAAGAAGACGAGGAGUUCGAUUUGGGCGAGGAAGCAAUGGACUCGUCGACGAAGGUACACGUGCUCCCAUUGUAUUCGCAGCUGCCUACCAAGGAGCAGUUGAGGGUUUUCGAGCAGCCACCGGAAGGCUCACGGCUUAUCGUACUAGCCACCAACGUGGCCGAAACAAGUCUGACGAUCCCGGGCAUUAAAUAUGUCUUCGACUGCGGACGAGCCAAAGAGAAGCAAUACGAUCUGGAGACGGGGGUACAAAAGUUCCAAGUCGACUGGAUCAGCAAGGCCAGCUCAAACCAGAGAGCAGGACGAGCCGGUCGAACAGGACCCGGCCACUGCUAUCGAUUAUACUCAUCCGCGGUUUACGAAGGCCAUUUCGCCGAAUACACCGAGCCAGAGAUCCUGCGGACGCCCAUCGAAGGAGUCGUGCUACAGAUGAAGAGCAUGGGUCUUCACAAUGUCAUCAACUUCCCGUUCCCUACGCCGCCCAGCCGCCAGGGCCUAUUCAAGGCCGAGAAGCUGCUGAAGAACCUGGGCGCGCUCACGGCCGAUGGACAAAUCACCCAGAUCGGCAAGCGUCUGUCGACCUACCCCCUGUCGCCUCGCUUCAGCAAGAUGCUCUACAUCGGCAACCAACACGGCUGCAUGCCCUAUGUCAUCGCGCUCGUUGCUGCCCUCGCAGUCGGGGACCUGUUUGUCCCCGCAAACCAGAUCGACCCACCGGCGGUACCCGCGCAAAAUUCCGCGCAACAUGACGAAGACACCAAGAGAAAAGUCUACACUAACGCCGACCGGCUCGAAGACACCGCCCGGGCACAGCGCGCCAAGGACCACGCGCGAGCCCAGCGUCUCUUCAGCAAGCACGACGACACCUCCGACGCGCUCAAGUACCUCUCCGCAAUCUGCGCCUACGCCUACGCCCCCGACGGGGAGUCCUUCUGCGAAGGCAUGUUCCUCCGCGCCAAGGGCUUGAAAGAAGCCGCCCAGCUCCGCAGCCAGCUCGCAGAUAUCGUCCGCGCCAACAACCCCGGCAUCAUGGGCGCAUACCAGCCCCGUCUCCCCGAACCAUCAGACAAGCAAACCAAGGCCCUCAAGCAGAUCAUCACCGCAGGCUUCAUCGACAACGUCGCCAUCCGCGCAGACCUCGCGCCCGUACCCCCCGAAAUCGACCGAACCCCAAAGCGCGCCAUCGACGUCCCGUACCUAACGCUCUUCAAGUCGCGCGAGGGCCCCACCACCGAGCUCCAGGAAAAGGCCGUCUACGUCCACCCGUCGUCGCUGAUCGCAGGCCUCACCCCCAAGGAAAUGCCCCAGUACAUCAUCUACACGCACCUCCAGCAGUCCGCGCCGUCGGUCGUCUCCGACCAAGCGCCCAAGAUCAGAAUGCACCCGCUCGUCGCGCCCAGCGGGCUGCAGCUUUCUGCGCUUGCUCACGGCACCCCGCUUCUCCAGUAUGGGAAGCCUAUUGGCAAGAUUGAGCAGAUCGAUGGGAUCCCCCCGCGCCGCGCGUGCUGGGUGAUUCCGUCGCUGGUGGGUGAAGGUGGGGGGACGGGGUGGCCGUUGCCGGCUAAGAAGGUGGUUCAGAGGAAGGACCCGAAGGAGGGUUGGGUGAUUGAAAAGUUUGUUUAG